CUCAGACCGAGGUGAUGAAGAGUAUCCUGGACAUGGACAUGCCACCAUGUGCAGCAAAAGAACUCCAACAUCCACGCGACCACAAGUGAGGAAGAAUGAAGGAGACAUGUACGAGCACAUAAUCCUGGCAAGUGAAAUGUGUGUCUGUCUGCAUAGCUCUCACCAUUCUGGUACACUCUUCAGUCGCUCUAGCGAUAUGGAGGCAAAGGGGACUCGAGAGAGCCGGAAGAAGGAUUUCGUGACGACAAUUGAGAAGUGAGACAUCAAACACAUCUAGUUGUGUGUGGUGUGUAUAUCAUCUGUUUUUCUCCAUCCAGAGCAAAGCAAAUUGCCGUUCGGUUCCUUCGUCAGCUGACGUUGAAAUUGGAUGAGUAUCAAGCCGGUCAGACGAUUGAUACAUUCUAUCCACAGCUCAAAGACAGCGAACGACAGUCUCAUCAGAAGGAGCGGGAGUCUUGGGAGGACAAGUCAUCAAGCACUUCAUUCGGGAAAGUGAUGGACUUCAUCUUGAGGCAUUCUUCCUACUGGGAUCGUAAGCAGAGGACUAUUGAUGCAAGCCUACUGUGUCUCGCCUGCAUCUUUCCUUUAUUUCACUCUCUGCAUCUGCAUCAGUUCAAUACUCAGACUCUCUUGAGGAACGUCUUGAAAACCGAAUUCGACGGAUGGGCGGGGUUUUUCCAAGCAACAACAUGGAAGACGACCUGAAGGCCCUUCUUCGGGCAUACUUCUUGUUGUCCGAGCGCUUUGUACGGCUCGUGAGCUAUUCAAGCGAAAGGGCUAUUCAAGAGAAGAACAUGGACUUCAGAGUUCAAGAAACAAUAGUCGUUCGCCAGCCAGCCAAUGUCACCAAAGAGAUGAUCGCCAGGGAUCAGGCGGAGCUCAGAAAGCCAGCUCCCGCCCCUUCUUUCUUAGCUGGGACUGCGGGGGACCUAAAGGGUGAUCUGGCGCGCCCUCUGCGACGAUCGAGUUGUGUUGAAGAUGCUAGAGGACAGCUGGCGGCUAUGGAGGUUAUCCUUCAAGACAGGAACCGUGACCAGCUUAAUCGUCAGAGUGAUGAUCAGCCGCUCACCUAUCGAUCCUGCCAGCCAGUAAGCAGGAGAGAGAGGCAGAUGCGAGAAUGCGCAUCUGAUCACUUAAAGCGUGUCUCUCGAUGUUUAGGCUGUGGAUGCGUUAAGAGGACGCUCCUAUACAGCCGGGGAGAGCAUGUUGCGUUGGCAGCUUCAGAUGUUCGACAAAGCAUCGCGGUCCACUUCUCGACUGCAGCCUGAGACACCUGCUAUGGAGACAGCAAAGGACUUGUUCUCCGUGGCACUGCCGGCAGCUGUGGUGUUCGCCAGAAGUCCGUCUCUGCCUCCGCUGGAGUCAGUGAUAGCGGCUGCUUCAAUAGGAAAGGUAGCUCCGUCAGCGCAGAACAAAAAAGAAUGCAGACGGGGAUACAGCGACGCCAAUCACUGCGUCUCAUCCUUUCUUCACUGCUCUGUUUUCGUUCAGAAUGCGCCUGAGGAAGAUACGGACGCUCACCCACCUUCGCUGCAGGCAAGUGAUGUGUGCCUACCGCUCAGUGUGCGGCGUGCGAUGCUCGUUUCCGGCUUGUCACUGGAGGAUAUCUCGGCGAUGCAGGGGCAACAAUAUGGAGAGGAGAGCGGCCUAUCGGACGAAAAUACAUGGAGACGCCCUCCAAAUGUAAGUCACCUCAAAAUUAAAAGAACUGGCUGUCGCACACCAUGAUUAAUUACUGCUGAGUGCUUGUAUCAGGCUGGUGUGGUGGAGGAGACACCGGAUUGGAAUGACGAGAUAAAUGCCAAGAUUGCAGCGGCGCAAGCAAACAGGGUACGAGAACUAGAGCACGACAUCGAGGAGCUGCAGCGUCAGAAAGGGAAGACGGACGAAGAGAACGCGGCCCUUAAAAACGACAUUCGGGCGGUGAAGAAUGAGAAGGAGCGGAUGGAGACGGACACAAAGAACCUAUGGCGGUGUAACAGCGAACUCCGUCAACACCUGGAGUUGGCCGAGCAGCACGAGAAUAAUAUCAAGGAUCUCUUACAGCAAAACAGAACGGCUCUGAGCGAGCAGGUACGGUCCCGGUAUCUGAACACUUUAAGCACACACUUGUCUAUCACUCAAACAUUCACUAGCAUGCGUCGAUUGCCGCGUGUUUGUCCCUUCUUACAGUUCCCACAAGUCCUGCAGAGGAUGUCGAGGCUGGAAGAGAGACACGAGGAACUGAACAACACUGUGAUGACUGAACUUCCUCGUCUCAAACCACCCCCCUCCCGCGCAGACGAGAAGCUCACCGAGGUGCUGCAAAAGCUCUGUCACUUAGAGGAUCUCGAGGCCAAGAUGACGGACAUGCUCGUCAGCAUCCACGCGAAGGAAGCCGCCCAGGCAUCGAGCCCCACAUCACCCCGUAACAAGGCGGUCGUACAAGAAAUCGUGAAGGAGCUGCGAACGGAAUUCGAGGAGCCGUUACAGAGACUCGGCACUUUCCCGGCCGCCUUCGAGGCAGAAGUGCAGAAGCUUGGCAAGCUGCAUGGCGAUAUGGAGGGAGUCUUGUGCAGCCAAGCCAACGCUGAUGCCAUCAAGCCGUCGACUUCCGACAGCAGUCCGCCCCCGAUGACUGAUGUGGCCGUUCCCGCCGCGCUAGAGCGAAAAGGAUCGUUGUUCAGUGAAGUAGUUGACGCAGAAGCACAGGGAAAGGUAGUUCAGUCAGACAAGACCCAAUAAAAGCCUCAUUUAUGGAUAUCGACCUCGCGCUUCAUGUCGUGCUUCUGCGCAGUUGAAGGAGGCACAAGAGACCAUUGAGAAUCUCAGAGGAGAACUUGCGCAGGCCGCAGGGCUGAGGGAUCGGCUCGAGACCAAGACAGACAAAUUGGAGUACAAUCCACCAUCCUUGAGCCAUUGAGAAUCGAAUCGCUCAUGGCGUGUGUGUCUCGAUCGAUGUUCGGUGUGUGUCUUAGGCAAGCGCUGCACGACAGUGAGCUGGAGAGGACAACCGUCUACGGAGAGUUCUCGAAGCUCAAAGAGUGCAUCCAGGACCAAGGCGUAAGGAUACAGUUCAUGGAACAAGAGCUGGUGGCCACCCGAGAGCGCGAUGGGGCCAAUGAAGAAAAACUGCUGUUUGUCAUGUCAAAACUGCAGGAAAGGGUUGCAUCUCUCACGAAGCGUGUGGCAGAGCUCGAUGCUCAGGUAAAAGGUGGAAAUGGUCACUUCUCGAAAGAUGUAUCAUUAUAUUGCGGUGAUUUUUGCUUCAUUGUCAGCUUGAAGAGAAAGACGAGGCCCUCAGGAAGGCUCAAUUGGAAAUUCAGCGAGAGAAGGAGGCACGCAAGCGGCUGGACGACGAGACACAGCAGCGACUGACAGCGCUUCAAGCCGUCAAUGAUCGCUGGGACAAGACGCAGACCUUUGAAGAGCUGGGAGAUGGACUCAAGGGAGAGCUGCAGUUCAUGCGAGAGGACAAGAAGAAGCUGCAAGAGCAGCACGACAAGCUUGCCACGGAACUAGUUCAGGUGCGUGCUGAUAAGCACUCAUGCGACAGGGCUCACAGCGAAACGAUGAAGGAGCUCAUCGCGGCACGUUCCGAGGCAUCCAAGAAGAGCAAGGAGCUGGAAAUCUGCCAGCUUGAGGCUGGUAAGACAGAAAGUCAUUGCACUCUCUCGAGUCACUUGUUCUCUUCUUCUUGUCUUUCCCAUACAGAGCUUUUGAAAACGGAAAUGAAUGCUGCACUCGCCGAGAGCAAAGGGCUACGCGAGCAGCACGCUGCCGAAUUGGGAAAGCUGCGCAUGAAGGAGCAGAUCCUGGAGCAACAGAUUGAGCAGAUGCAGCAAGAGAUGUCGCACGCCAGGGCGGAGAGCGACCGGCAGCUGACAGAGCUGAGAGAGCAGGUCAGUGGACAACAUGACUAAAACAUGAUGCACGGGCGAUUGGUGGCAAUAUGUGUGCAGGUCAAGGAAAAGGACUGUGAAUUGCAGAAGAUGAUCGGCGCCUACAAAGCCCUCGAGGAGGAGAAGGCAGCCCAACAGGCGCACUACACAACGACCCUACACGAACAGGCAACCAAAGGAGAGAGACACGACCACACAGCACAGCCCCAGACAUUUUGGCGUUCUUGUCUGCAGAAAGCCGAGCUACAAGGACAGCUGGUGGCUCUGACCGAUCAGCUGAGCAGCGCCGAGGCCGAGAAGGCAGCUUUUGAGGUGAAGCGGGAUGCCCUGCAGCAGUUGGUGGACAACAUGAUAAUGGAAAAGGACGAGAUCGAUAGCGAGCUUAAAGACUUGAAACAAAACAGGGUGCAAAGUGACCGACAGCUGACAGAGUUGGGUACACAGGUCAGCGGGCUACAGGGGGUGAGGCACAAUGCAGAAUGGAUGAUUGGUGGCGGUAUGCUGCAGGUCAACGAGAAAGACGCUGAACUGCGGAAGAUGGCCGAGGCUUACAAAGCCCUCGAGGAGAAGGCAGCCCAGGAAGCGCGGCACACUAACACCCUCAACCAACAGGUUAGUAACCAAAUGAGAGAGGCAAAUGGCAACAAGAGAGCGAUCGGCAUCCUUCAUCGAUGGUCGUGUUCAUAAUGUAUAUUCCUGUGGGUUGGUGUCUCGUCUUUUUUCCGUUAUCAUGUCAGCUCAAAAAGACCUUUGAAGGGCUGGCAGAUGGCCUCAAGGGAGAGCUGCACUCCAUGCGAGAGGACAAGGCCAAGCUGCAAGAGCAAAACGACAAGCUUGCCGCGGAACUAGCUCAAGUGCGUGCUGAUGAGCAUUCAGGUGACAAGGCUCACAGCGAAACGAUGAAGGAGCUUAUGGCGGCGCGUGUUGAGGCAUCCAACAAGAGCAAAGAGAUUGCUGAUAUCACCGCGCAGCUGGACAAGUGCCAGCUUGAACCUGGUAAGACAGAAAGCAGUCAUUCUUUCUCGACUCACUGUUGUCUUCUUCUUACUGUCUUUCAUAUUCAGAGCGGGUGAGAACAGACACUCGAGCGACGGAGGAGGCUGCAGCCAACAUCGACGCACUACAGAAGCAGAAUCAAGUGGGCGAAAAGGAUUAAGUACUCACUGCAUAUCAUCUUGUGGCUCUCGUCCCUCUUUUCAGGAUCUGAGAAGCCGUGAGGUUGCCAGGAAGAGUGAGAGAGACGCGGCCAUGCAGGACCUCGAGCGCGUCAACAAGACAGAGGUGAGCAUGGUGCAUUGGUCAAAGGUGGAAGCGUGGGCAAAGGCAUGUCUGUAUCAUGGCUCUCACGUAUGCAGGAGGCCACUCGCAAGCACAAUGAAGAGCUCAAGAAGAAGAUUAAGGAAAUGAGCGAGGAGAUGAAGAUCCUCAACGACCGCCAUCAGCGACCCAACGUACGAAACAAGACGCUUCAUGGGCUUCCCUGCAUGUCAAUCAUCCCUCCUGUCUGGUGUUGUUGUGUCGGCGGUACAGGAGGAGAGCACGCAGACUUUUGAACAGCUGGCAGACAACCUGAACUCCAUGCGAGAUGAGGGUAAGAACGCAGGCAUGCUUGCACACAUCUGCCAGCAGCCGCUGCUUUUGCCUUCCAUACACACAUACAGCAAAAGCAUUCUGCCUUCUCAUGUCUGUCUCUGACUGCAGUCAAGAAUCGUUUGGAGGAUAUCGUGCGGGUGCUCAACAGUCACACGCAUCAUAACGGGUCGAGCAGGCCUGAGCAAUCUGUAAGUGAAAGGCUCUCAGCACGCACUUGCUUCACAUGCUUCCAUUUCAUUUCAGGCUGAGCUGCGUUCGAUAUUGAGGGAAUUGUCGAGUGAGGACAUCGAGGAGAAAAGCAGAAUGGCUGCAUUUCUCCUCUGGAAGAGCGAUCCCCACAGACACGCCGACGAGGAGAAAAACUAUUUUGAGGUACGGGAAGGCGAGAUGGAGGAUCAAUCUGCCGUUUCUUGCCUUACCUUCACCUGCAUGGACUUGUGCAGGCAAAAGCGAACGUGCUCCAGAGUAUAAUUCUUGAUCGUCUGAAGCUUUCUCCUGAGCUGAGAGUGUUGUCGCAGCGUGAGGGGAGGGGGGAGGGGGCUAGCCCAUAA